GGCUUGUGGGGUGAGGGGUGGGGGGAGCUGGAAGCAAAUGACAUCACAGCAGGUCCGAGAAAAAGGGGCGAGAGGCAGGCAACCCGAAGCGUGGGGCGUUGUGCAUUAGGAGCUCGAGCCCAGCUGCCCUGGCAAGGACCUCGGCGUCCCCAGAGACCAUGCAGAGGUCGCCUCUGGAAAAGGCCAGCGUCAUCUCCAAACUUUUUUUCAGUUGGACUGGACCAAUUUUGGGGAAAGGGUACAGACAGCGCCUGGAGUUGUCAGACAUAUACCAAAUCUCUUCAGCUGAUUCUGCUGACAAUCUCUCUGAAAUAUUAGAAAGAGAAUGGGACAGAGAGCUGGCAUCAAAGAAAAAUCCCAAACUCAUUAAUGCCCUCCGGCGAUGCUUUUUCUGGAAAUUUAUGUUCUAUGGAAUCUUAUUAUAUUUAGGGGAGGUCACCAAAGCAGUCCAGCCUCUCUUACUGGGAAGAAUCAUAGCUUCCUAUGAUCCAGAUAAUAAGGUGGAACGCUCCAUUGCGAUUUACCUGGGCAUAGGAUUAUGCCUUCUUUUUAUCCUGAGGACGCUGCUCCUGCACCCAGCCAUUUUUGGCCUUCAUCACAUUGGAAUGCAAAUGAGGAUAGCUUUGUUUAGUUUGAUUUAUAAGAAGACUUUAAAGCUGUCAAGCCGUGUUCUAGAUAAAAUCAGUAUUGGACAACUUGUUAGUCUCCUUUCCAAUAACCUGAACAAAUUUGAUGAAGGACUUGCACUGGCACAUUUCGUGUGGAUCGCGCCUUUACAAGUGACGCUCCUGAUGGGGCUGCUUUGGGAACUGUUACAGGCCUCCGCCUUCUGUGGACUUGCUUUCCUCAUAGUCCUCUCCAUUUUUCAAGCUGGCCUAGGGAAAAUGAUGAUGAAGUACAGAGAUCAGAGAGCUGGGAAAAUCAAUGAAAGACUCGUGAUCACCUCAGAAAUUAUUGAAAAUAUCCAAUCUGUUAAGGCAUACUGCUGGGAGGAAGCAAUGGAAAAAAUGAUUGAAAACCUAAGGCAAACAGAACUGAAACUGACCCGGAAGGCAGCCUACGUGAGAUACUUCAAUAGCUCAGCCUUCUUCUUCUCAGGGUUCUUUGUGGUGUUUUUGUCUGUGCUUCCCUAUGCAUUUUUCAAAGGAGUCGUCCUUCGAAAAAUAUUCACGACCAUCUCAUUCUGCAUUGUUCUGCGCAUGGCAGUCACUCGGCAGUUUCCCUGGGCUGUACAGACAUGGUAUGACUCUCUUGGAGCAAUAAACAAAAUACAGGAUUUCUUACAAAAGCAAGAGUACAAGACAUUGGAAUAUAACUUAACAACUACAGAAGUAGUGAUGGAGAAUGUAACAGCUUUCUGGGAAGAGGGAUUUGGGGAAUUAUUUGAGAAUGCAAAACAAAACAAUAAUACUAGAAACAUCUGCAAUGGCGAUAACAGCAUCAUCUUCAGUAACAUCGCACUUCUUGGUACUCCUGUCCUGAAAGAUAUCAAUUUCAAGAUAGAAAGAGGACAGUUGUUGGCAGUUGCUGGAUCUACUGGAGCAGGCAAGACCUCACUUCUGAUGAUGAUUAUGGGAGAACUGCAGCCUUCUGAGGGUAAAAUUAAGCACAGUGGAAGAAUUUCAUUCUGCUCUCAGUUUUCAUGGAUCAUGCCUGGCACCAUUAAAGAAAACAUUAUCUUUGGUGUUUCUUAUGAUGAGUAUAGAUAUAGGAGUGUCAUCAAAGCAUGCCAACUAGAAGAGGACAUCUCCAAGUUUGCAGAGAAAGACAAUAUAGUUCUUGGAGAAGGUGGAAUCACACUGAGUGGAGGGCAGCGAGCAAGAAUCUCCUUGGCAAGAGCAGUAUACAAAGAUGCUGAUUUGUACCUAUUAGACUCUCCUUUCGGGUACCUAGAUGUUUUAACAGAAAAAGAAAUCUUUGAAAGCUGUGUCUGUAAGUUGAUGGCUAACAAAACUAGGAUUUUGGUCACUUCUAAAAUGGAACAUUUAAAGAAAGCUGACAAAAUAUUAAUUCUUCAUGAAGGUAGCAGCUAUUUUUAUGGGACAUUUUCUGAAUUACAAAAUCUACGGCCUGACUUCAGUUCAAAGCUCAUGGGAUAUGAUUAUUUUGAUCAGUUUAGUGCAGAGAGAAGAAAUUCAAUCCUAACGGAGACUUUACGGCGUUUCUCACUAGAAGGAGAUGCUGCCAUCCCCAGGAAUGAAACCAAAAAACAGUCUUUUAAACAGACUGGAGAGUUUGGUGAAAAUAGGAAGAACUCUAUUCUCAAUCCAAUCAGCUCCUUAAAAAAGUUUUCCAUUGUACAGAAGACUCCAUUACAAAUUAAUGGCAUCGAAGAAGAUUCAGAAGAGCCUUCAGAGAGAAGGCUGUCCUUAGUUCCAGACUCCGAGCAGGGGGAGGCCAUCCUGCCUCGCAGCAAUGUGAUGAACACUGGUCCCACCUUUCAGCGGCGCAGGAGGCAGUCUGUUCUGAACCUGAUGACACGCUCCUCAGUGAACCAAGGUCAAAUCAUUCACCGAACCCCAGCAGCAUCCACACGAAAGAUGUCCCUGGCCCCUCAGGGGAACUUAACUGAAAUGGAUAUAUAUUCAAGGCGUUUAUCUCAAGAUAGUGGCUUGGAAAUAAGUGAAGAAAUUAAUGAAGAAGAUUUAAAGGAGUGCUUUUUUGAUGAUGUGGAGGGCAUACCAGCAGUGACUACAUGGAACACAUACCUUAGAUAUAUUACUGUCCACAAGAGCUUAGUUUUUGUGCUAAUUUGGUGCUUCGUUAUUUUUCUGGCUGAGGUGGCUGCUUCUUUGGCUGUGUUGUGGAUACUUAAAGAAACACCUCCACCAGAAAAAGGGAAUAGUUCUGCAAGUACCAAUAACAGCUAUCCAGUGAUCAUCACCAGAACCAGCGCAUUUUAUGUUUUUUACAUUUAUGUGGGAGUAGCCGACACUUUGCUUGCUCUGGGAUUCUUCCGAGGUUUACCACUAGUGCAUUCUCUAAUCACAGUGUCGAAAAUUUUACACCACAAAAUGUUACAUUCUGUUCUUCAUGCGCCUAUGUCAACCCUCAACACGUUGAAAGCAGGUGGAAUUCUUAAUAGAUUUUCCAAAGAUAUAGCAAUUUUGGAUGAUCUUCUGCCUCUUACCAUAUUUGACUUCAUCCAGCUGGUAUUAAUUGUGAUUGGAGCUGUAGCAGUGGUCUCAGUUUUAAGGCCCUACAUCCUCUUAGCAACAGUGCCAGUGAUCGCUGCUUUUAUUUUAUUGCGAUCCUACUUUCUCCACACCUCCCAGCAACUCAAGCAACUGGAAUCUGAAGGCAGGAGUCCAAUUUUCACUCAUCUGGUUACGAGCCUUAAAGGACUAUGGACACUUCGUGCCUUUGGACGUCAGCCUUACUUUGAAACACUGUUCCACAAAGCUCUGAAUUUACAUACUGCCAACUGGUUCUUGUACCUGUCAACACUGCGCUGGUUCCAAAUGAGAAUAGAAAUGAUUUUUGUCCUCUUCUUCAUUGCUGUUACCUUCAUUUCCAUUUUAACAACAGGUGAUGGAGAAGGAACAGUAGGUAUCAUUCUAACAUUAGCCAUGAAUAUCAUGAGUACGCUGCAGUGGGCUGUAAACUCCAGCAUAGAUGUGGAUAGUUUGAUGCGAUCUGUGAGCCGCGUCUUUAAGUUUAUAGACAUGCAAACAGAAGAAAGUAUAUCCACCAAAUCAAGAAAACCAUCCAAGGAUGGACAGCUCUCGGAAGUUAUGAUUAUUGAGAAUCAGCAUGCGAAGAAAGAUGACAUCUGGCCCUCAGGGGGCCAAAUGAUUGUCAAAGACCUCACAGCAAAAUACAUAGACAGCGGGAAUGCCAUAUUAGAGAACAUUUCCUUCUCCAUAAGUCCUGGCCAGAGGGUGGGCCUCUUGGGAAGAACUGGAUCAGGGAAGAGUACUUUGUUAUCGGCUUUUUUGAGACUGCUGAACACGGAAGGAGAAAUCCAAAUAGAUGGUGUGUCUUGGGAUUCAAUAACUUUGCAACAGUGGAGAAAAGCCUUUGGAGUUAUGCCACAGAAAGUAUUUAUCUUCUCUGGAACAUUUAGAAAAAACUUGGAUCCCUAUGAACAGUGGAAUGAUCAAGAAAUAUGGAAAGUUGCCGAUCAGGUUGGACUCAGAUCUGUGAUAGAGCAAUUUCCUGGGAAGCUUGAUUUUGUCCUUUUGGAUGGGGGUUUGGUCCUAAGCCAUGGCCACAAGCAGUUGAUGUGCUUGGCAAGGUCUGUUCUCAGUAAGGCGAAGAUCUUGCUGCUGGAUGAACCCAGUGCUCAUCUGGAUCCAAUAACAUAUCAAAUCAUUCGAAGAACCCUAAAACAAGCAUUUGCUAAUUGCACAGUGAUCCUCUGUGAACACAGGAUAGAAGCAAUGUUGGAAUGUCAACGAUUUUUGGUCAUAGAGGAGAACCAAGUGCGGCAGUACGACUCCAUCCAAAGACUGCUGAGCGAGAAGAGCCUCUUCCAUCAGGCCAUAAGCCCCUCGGACCGCCUGAAGCUCCUACCCCACCGGAACUCCAGCAAGCACAAGUCCCGAUCCAAAAUCACUGCUCUGCAGGAGGUGACCGAAGAAGAGGUGCAAGAAACCAGGCUGUAGAAAGCAGUACCAGUGUUUGCAUGGAGCGCUCACACGUGGACUUGUAGGAGAAAACAGUUUAUGGCUCAGAAAACAAGGAUGAGUAAUGCUAUUUUUUAAAAGGAGACGUUUCAGUAAGAGGAAUUAAGGACGUUCACUUCAGUCUGGAUAAGUGGCUUCCCGGCAAUGGUCUAAUUGUGUGACAAUUUCACAUCCUUGAAGAUUUACCACUGACGUUUGCAGCCAGAUUUUCCUGAAAACCUUUUCCUUUCGUUAGUCAUUGGAAAGGUGGCUGUACAUGUCAGCCAGCUUAAUUGUUCCACUUAUUGUUUAGUGAAAUUUGUUGAUUUGUAUUAUUGGAGAACUGUAAUCAUACUAUUUAGAUGCAGUGGUUCUCAACCUUCUGGCCCUUUAAAUACAGUUCCUCAUGUGGUGAUCCCCAACCAUAAAAUUAU